GGGUAGCGGUAGCAUAUCAAGUUGCUCUCUGUCCAAGCUGAGGAAGCUCGAGGGCUGAGGGUCCCGUCCCCAACCCGCUCCCCACUAAAUUCACUGGAAGAGAAAAGUUUGUUAAUUGGGUUCCCAACUUUUGGAAGACCCAGGCUUGCAGCAUAGGGGGACAGAGAAGGCUCGUGGGUCGGUUUGGAAGCCCUUCAUGGAGUGCAACCAGUCUGCCAAAGACAGUAUCCUGAACCAGCAGUCACCCACCCCUGAGCCUGGGGACCCCGAGGACUCCAGAGAUGAAUCAGUGGAUGGCUCAGACACAGUGGUCCUUAGCUUGUUCCCUUGCACCCCUGAGGCUGGGAAUCCCGAUGCUGAUGCUAGCACAUGCUCAGUACAGGGCACUUCCUUGAAGCACUCCACAACUCUAACUAACCGACAGCGAGGGAAUGAAGUCUCAGCCCUACCAGCCACCCUGGACUCCCUGUCUAUCCACCAGCUUGCAGCCCAGGGAGAAUUGAGCCAGCUCAAGGAUCAUCUGCGGAAAGGUGACAACCUCGUCAACAAACCUGAUGAGCGUGGCUUCACCCCUCUCAUCUGGGCCUCUGCCUUUGGAGAGAUUGAAACCGUCCGCUUCUUGCUUGAGUGGGGUGCGGACCCCCAUAUCCUGGCCAAGGAGAGGGAGAGCGCCCUGUCACUGGCUAGCAUGGGUGGCUACACAGACAUCGUGGGGCUCUUGCUCGAGUGUGAUGUGGAUAUUAACAUCUAUGAUUGGAAUGGAGGGACACCAUUGCUGUAUGCUGUGCGUGGGAACCACGUUAAGUGUGUGGAGGUCUUGCUGGCUCGGGGUGCUGACCUUACCACAGAGGCUGACUCUGGCUACACCCCCAUGGACCUUGCUGUGGCCCUAGGAUACCGCAAAGUGCAACAGGUGAUGGAAAACCACAUCCUCAGACUCUUCCAGAGUAACCUGGGGCCUACUGACCCAGACCCUGAGUGAAGGCCACCUAUCGGGGACUCAAGACACUCAGGGAACAGAACAGUCAAGCCAGAGCUGGAGAAGACCCAAAAUUGGCUUCAAAGGCAGCUCCUGGACAGGUGAUGGGAAGGAACCCUCCCCAACAGUAACCAAUAAACCUUCUGUGCAGAA